ACAAAAAAUGAUGAUUGCGGAUUUUCAAUUGGCAAUGGAUUCUAUUGUUGGUGAGGGACGUUCUCUGCACAGUGUUCUAGGCGAUUGGUUUCGUGAUUGGAAGCAAUUACAGGCGUUCAGUGAAUCCUUUAAAAAUUCGGAGCCCUUUCCUCAUGUUAUUAUUGAUGGGUUUUUCUCGGAGGCCUUUGCUUCUUCUCUUCUUGAUAACUUUCCACUGCCGCACAAAACAAAUGAGCUUAUUGAGUGGCACAAGUAUGAAAACCCAUUAGAGUGCAAGUUCGCGACAAACGACGUCAAUCCUUUACCUCAGGAAUUAAGGGAAGCUAUUGAAACGCUUCAGUCAACUGAAUUUGUUCACAUUGCAGAGAAGAUAAGUCUACACUUUCACCCUCCAGGUGGGAAACUAAACGUUCAUUUGGACUACAGCAAACAUCCUAAACUUGACAAGGAGCGACGUCUAAAUUUAAUAGUAUACCUCAAUAGAGAGUGGCGAGACUCUUUUGGUGGACACUUGUAUCUCUAUUCAUCUGAUACAAACAAUACACCCGAAAGAGCAGAAGCAAAAAUCCUACCUGUCUUUAACAGAGCAGUUUUAUUCAGAACGAGUGAUAUUUCAUGGCACGGUAUGCCUAACCUUAUAACUUGCCCUAUGGAUGACGGAAGGAAAAGCAUCGCUGUAUACUAUUUAAGUAACUUGAGGAUGGACGCCGAAACUAGGUUGAAAGCACGUUUUGUUGCUAAGGACGAUAUAAGCUUGGAUCCCGGUAUAGCGGAAGAGUUGUGCAAAAUACGUUCCCAUCGACUGUUGGAUGCGGAAACCAUUUCAAAAGUUAUUCCCAAUUGGAUUUCUCCUAUGAGACAUUAUUCUGAUCUAUUUGUGAACUCGUCAUCUACAAAGGAUAAUGUCAACCAAUGAAGACAUUUGUUAUGUUUUUCUAUAAAGAGAAAGAACAAGACUUGUUACUUUCUGCCUUUUACUGAUUGUCGUUUUUAAGCCAAGAAUGUUAUAACAUCACAUUCGUGGUACACAAUACUUGUUAUAAAAAUAUCCGCCAUGUUACCAUGGUCUUUUUGAACGGCGAAUUUUUACUUGCAGCCAAUGAUGAUCAGUGAUCCAGAAUGACUAUUUCAUGUAUAAUUACAAAUUUUCAGUGGAAGCAAGUCUAGAAAUGCCAUUAGUUAACCCUUACAAAGUAGAAACAUAGCAAAUCGUGUUGACGCAUACCUGACUUCUUCAGUUUUCAUUUAGUCACGAACUAUAAGAACGAUUAUUGCAUAGGAGCAACAGUUUAAAUAAAUAAUGGUUUGAACAACACUUAGUGCUCCGAUUGGUACUGACUUGUUAUUGAAAGGGUCUUGAAUCGCUUUUCUUCAUACUGGAAGCACUUCGCACUUCAGUACUGGGAGUGUUGCUUGCGCAGCAAAAAGCAACUGUUUCUUGUUGAAGGAGGUUGAGGAAAUAUAGAGAAUAUCCAGAAA